AUGAGAGUAGCACUGUACCAAAAGCAUUAUCACAUAAGAAUGGAUUUUAAUGGUCAAGAUCUUUUGAAACAUGUGUCAAAUGCCCAGCAAUACAUUGAAUCGCAUGCAUUCACUUAUUGGCAAAAGUACGUCAAUGGAGUCAAUAUGUCUUACAUUGACUGCUCGUAUAGGGAUUGGAAAAAACGUUUACCGCAUUUUGGAAAUAGGUUUUACACAAUUACGGGAAGCAAAGAUAUGGAUUGGUUUGUAUUGGACGCCAAGUCCGGAUACCAUAGCUCAUUGAUUGCGCCCGUGCUAAUUGAACUUGGUAAAAUGGUUAAUUACACAUUUCACUUGUUUGUGACCACUUGUGAAGAUGUAAAGCAUAGAUACCAUCAGUUGUAUAAAGACGGAGAAAUCACAUCAUUAGAUAGAGUGCCGCAAAUGUAUGAAUUUGAGAUCAAUUACGGCUGGACUUGUAGUCAACCCCUAUAUAUGUCUAAUCGCGUCAACAUUUUGAGUCCAAUUGUUCCCCAAGAAGUGAUUCCCAUCGCAAAUAUGUGGAAAACAUUUCAACUGUUUGUCUGGUAUUGUAUUGUCAUUGCAUUCAGUGUCGUUGUCUUAAUAAACAAACAGAUUUCAACAUUUCAUCUCAAAUAUUAUUACAAACAAACCGUAUUUCCAUUGACUUCAGUCAUACAAAAUGGUUUAUUCGCUAACCUAUUGCUAACCCAUGAAACUCAUGUCGACGAUAUCGAUGGCAUACUAGAGCCCAAAGUGAUCGCAUUGACCGAUAAGUUUAAAAUCGAUGACUGGCGCCACGAAUUGUUUAUCAAGAAUAUUGACGAUGGUGUUUUCAAACGUAAAUUUAUUAAAUUGACCGCUAAAUUGCAGAAUAUAAUGGAUGAGUUUAAAAAUAUGGAGAAAUACAUCGAUGAACCAAAAUUACUGAUAGAUCUGAUCCACAAAAGCGUUAUCCUUGAAGACGAAGAGUGGUUAUCAGUUCUGCAUCCACUCUUUGCGCGACUUGUGUCUACACAUAUCGGCCAAAAGACUAGACUCUUAAAUAUUGCUUUGAAAAUGGGUGGACAGCAUCUCAUCCUUGUCUUUCUUCAGGCCUCUAAAGGCCAACACCGGGUAAAAGACUAUAACACCGAUUAUUAUGAAUAUAACGCACAACGAGUGAUAUCCAGGAGUUGGACGGCGAGGGGCUGGGCGUCUGUUCCGUCGUCCUCGUCGAAGAAGUCACAGUCGAGUAGUUCCCAAACAGACUCCUCUUCUAUACUCUAUAGAAAUUAA